GGUUCCACCGGCUUGAUGCGACAAAUUACAGAGAAGUUUGCGAGAGGGAGAGAGGGGGCGAGGUGAUCGAUCGAGUAGGUGGAGAAAUGACCACCAUCACUGUUCCUCCUUCUCCGCUUUCGCCUGAUGAGGACGCCAACAAGCUAAGAAAAGCCUUCCAAGGGUUGGGAACGGACGAGAAGACGGUUAUUGAGAUCUUGAGUCAUCGCAGCGCCGGACAGCGAUUGGCGAUCGCCAAGGCUUAUGCUCACCUUUACGGCGAAUCACUGCUCGAGCGCCUCCACUCCGAGCUCUCCGGCGACUUCAGGAAAGCAGUGAUGCUAUGGACAAUGGACCCUGCAGAAAGGGAUGCCAAAUUGGCUAAUAAGGCACUGAAAAGAAAAGGGGACAGGGAUCUUUGGGUGAUCAUAGAGGUUGCAUGUGCUUCAUCACCUGAUCACCUGGUUGCUGUGAGGAAGGCAUAUUGCUCUCUUUAUUCUUCCUCGAUGGAAGAAGAAGUUGCUCAAAGCUUCUCCACAGUACACCCUCUCAGCAAGUUGUUAGUUCGUCUCCUUACAUCAUAUAGGUAUUCUGGUGAUCAUGUCGAUAGUGAGUUGGCCAAGUACGAAGCAGCUCAGCUGUCUGAUGCAGUCAAAAGUAAUCAAAUUGGCCGUGAUGAUGUUAUUCGCAUACUUAGCUCAAGGAAUAAGUCACAGCUUAAGGAAACAUUCAAGUACUACAAUGAAAAUUAUGGGAAACACAUUGUUGAGGACAUUGAGGUCAUUGAUAAAAGUCAAUUCACAACACUGCUGAAAACUGCUAUCUGGUGUCUUGCAUCGCCAGAGAACCACUUCGCUGAGGUUGUUAGGACAUCGGUUGUCGGGCUUGGAACUGAUGAAGAUUCUCUUACAAGAGCUAUUGUUACACGAGCAGAAAUCGAUUUGGAGAAGAUCAAAGAGGAGUAUAAGAUCCGAUAUAAAACCACUCUAAGAGCUGAUGUAAUUGGUGACACCUCUGGGGAUUACAAGAGGUUCCUGCUUGCCUUGGUUGGUUCUGAAGGCCCAUGAGAAAAAAAAGAGAUUUAUUUCAGAAAGUGUGAAGUGUGAUGUAAAUGCUAAGUUAAUAAAUAAGGUGUGAGUGAUUGGCUUGUCAAUAAACAAUGAUAUGAGAAGCUCUUUAUGCAUUUGGAACAAACAUUAUUAGUGUGCCAUCACUAAAAUAAUUUGUUGAA